AUUAUGGAGGGAGUUUGUUUAAGGUGAUUAAAAUAAUGGUGAAAAUAUAUAUGGCUGCUUACUUUGAACUCUUAUAUACACAUGUCAAAAAAAUGAUUAGUAAAACUAGAUAACCCUAUCUUUAGGCAAGGCAAGGGUACAAUAAUGACUACAAAUAUCGCUUGACAACUACGUGAGAGCUUAUUUUCAAUUAGUUUGGCCUCGAACACGCCAAUGUCAACAUGCCACAAUGCGCGUUUAGAAAUUGUAGAAAUAAUUAUCGAAAAUGUAAAUUGGCUGACGGAAUAUCAUAUUUUCGCUUCCCUAACAAUCCAUACCGAGCUGCUAAAUGGGUCGCCAUAGUUGCUACUGAAAGAUCGGAGGAAUUCUAUAGGCCUACAAAAAACUCUGUAAUAUGUUCAGAACACUUCGAUUCGAAAGAUAUUAUUGGAAAUACAGAACGUCGCAGAUUGGAUAAAACAGCAGUGCCGAAGUUUAAGAUUCAGUCCAUUCCACCUGGAGAGUUAACCGUUAGAAAAAAAUCAAGAACACGUUAUAAGAUUCAGAAGACUAAACUACAGGAGUUAGAAACCGAAGUAGUUGUUGACUCAGAACGUACGAGUUGUGACGAUCACGACGUGCCACCCAGUAGUCCGUCGACAUCCACAUCAGAAAACGAAACCCUUCCAGAAUUGCUUAAUGUAGAAUAUUUACAAGAUAAAUUAAAAAAAUGUCGAAAAAUUAUACAAGAUCAGUCAACAACGAUCGGCAAUUUGAAGAAAAUCAACAAAAAAUUAGAAGACAAAAAUAAUACAUUGAAAAACACUAUAGAUUUUUUACUAAAUCACUAUGAAAGUAAUACCAUUGGAAAACAUUUCUUACAAAAUUUUGAUUAAGUAUUUAUAAAAAAAAACUGCUUACAUU